UGGCUAGUCUCAACCGAGAAGCCUAUCGACGCAGUUCGGUUCGGGCGCACUUGUUGUGGUCAUCAACGUCGCCAUCGGUCGGUGCUGCUCGCAACUGCAGAACAAAGAACGUGCGGGCCCUUUUCUUCGCGAGAAUCGUCACUUGGACGGACAGUGCUUAGUCGUACUGCUUAAUCCAGAUCUUCCGGUUCCCGAUGACUACGCCGACCGCUUGGCUCUGUCUAUGACUAGGUUCUUUUGUACCCGGCGCGCGCUCGGUUUUGCGAUUGUGAUUCUGCGGUUUGCGGUGAUCUUGUGAGGAUAGAGUUGUCAGAACGAUCAAAUGCGUUCGUUGGCUUAGCCACGCGAUUUAAGUUAUGGUUAUUGAAAGGUGCAUUACCGAAUAAUUAUUGGUUCGUGGAGGUAUCGGGAUUGUGCAAAGAAGAACGGUCCUGACAAGCAAGUUCUGUUUUUAUAGCAAGUGAUAUUAUUAGAAUUCUCCAGGAGCCCUAAGAAGUGUGAUUCAGUGUAACAGUGCGACGGUGGCAGAACAACGUGUUCAGUUGAUUCAAAUUCAAUCGUGUGUAAAUUCUGCGCAUAUCAGUCGAACGCCUUAUCAAGAAAAUUGAUAGUUGGUACGAAAUUGGGACUAACAAAAUAUUUUGCUCGUGUAAACGUGGUGGACCUGAAGAUGUGGGAUUCCAAUGUAUUCAUUGCAUUGUUGCGGGUAAAAAUCGGAUAAAACCGCAUGGACGCCUUUUCCACGAAACGUAAUCAGCAUUACACUACUGGUGACUUCCACUCGCCAGUCCCAUAUUCUAAACAGACGCAGAGGAAACGGAACGGGAUCUCCAGACAGGAGGUUUUCCGCAUGCUAGCCCCUCAACUAGACCCAUUAUCCAGGCGUAGUAAUCGCCGUAAUCUCGAACAAUGGAUAUCGUUAGAGUCUCCAAAAAUAUUAAUAUCAACGACAGUGCCGGUAUCGGCCAACAGCAACCGCAGCCCCAGCAGCAGCAGCAGCAGUCCCCUAAGACCAGCAAUGGUCACGCUAAAAUCAAGGACCACAACAGCAAUGGCACCAGGAACGGCUUGAACCACCAGUCAACGAACAACGGCCAGAGCAAUCAGUUCACCUCUACAUCGACACCGAAGCAAUCGCCCAGUGGCCAGCUGGCUACGCUCGGUUCUGCCGUGUCUUCAUCCGGAGGGUCAUUUGGCGGAUCGGACGGGCUGCACCAGACGUCCAGUGAUUCCGGCAAUAGCUCCUGCGUCAGUGGAAGUGCCGCGACGGAUGAUCCAGAGACAAAGAAUAAUAGCUUUGCAAGUGUUGCUAGUGAUGAAGUCACGAAGGGUACACAAGUGAUCGCGACGGGGGCAAAUGAUGGUGUAGAUGAAAGUGUUGUGGGAAGUGAAAGGGAAUCGCUUUUGAGAGGGAACAUUUAUGUGAAUAAGAUUUACGACGACGGUCGCGAACGCGAUGACGAAGGCAUAGAGUGCGAUCGGUUGAAGAAAUUGACGGCACGGGAUGCACGAGGUAGCUCAACGGAAACCGAUGAAAAUGCUGAAGAUGUGAAACCUUUGCUGAAAGUGAAAGUGGAAAGUGAAAAACGUAAACCAAAAAGUAUUGUAAAGAGUCCUUCGAAUUUGAGCUUUGGAAAGGAAUUGAACGGUGGUGUUCAGAAGCAACGGCUUAAUUUACAGUUUCAGCUGCCGGUAGAAACCGUGAUCGACGAUCGACCGGCAGUUCACCACGUGCAGUUUAGUAAGCAGGAUAACGGAUACUGUUGUCGGGGAGCCGAGCAGGAUCUUGGCAAUGGAAGCAACAACAAUAACAAUAUUAAUGGCAGUAAGCAGCCGAUUUGCUCCAGUCCAGUGGGCAGUAUAGUAUCCCAGGAGUCUGGUUCCGGGUCGAGCACGUCUUCCUCUUCGAAUGAGAACAGUUCGUUAGGUGGAUAUGCUGAAGCUCGGCCACCUGAUGGCGGAUGGGGUUGGGUAGUGUGCUUUGCUUCAUUUAUGGUGAAUUUGAUUGCUGAUGGAGUGACGUUCAGCUUUGGCGUGCUUUAUGUGGAGCUGUUGAAUUAUUUUGGUGAAGGCAAAGGUAAAACCGCCUGGGUUGGAUCGCUUUUCAUGGCUAUGCCUCUGCUCUCUGGGCCGGUAGCCUCAUUCCUCACGGACCGGUACGGAUGUCGGAACGUCACUAUCGUGGGUUCCAUUUUGGCGUCCGCAGGUUUUGCCAUAUCUGCCUACGCGGAAACGAUCGAAAUGCUAUAUCUAACGUUUGGAGUGCUAGCCGGCUUUGGGUUGAGUCUGUGCUACGUGGCCGCCGUGGUUAUUGUGGCGUACUACUUCGACAAGAAGCGAUCAUUCGCGACUGGGCUGUCCGUUUGCGGUAGUGGCAUCGGAACGUGUAUUUUCGCCAAAGUGACGCAGAUUCUUCUGGACGAGUACGGGUGGCGCGGGACGACGCUCAUUUUGGCGGGUAUUUUCCUCAACAUGUGUCUUUGUGGCCUUCUGAUGCGGGAUCUCGAGUGGACGACGCACAAAUCGAAACUCAAGCGGAAACAGAAGGAAGCCGACUCGUACUCUGUGAGCAACAGUACGAAUACGGGAACGACAAGCAAUCUGAACGCGGUCGACGCUUCAGCUGGUGGGGGUCUUGGAGGGGGAGGAGCUAGCGAGAAUGUUCAGCAGGGAGCCAAAGGAGAACAGCUUAUGGAUCCAAAUGAUCCAAGGUUGUUCAGCUCGUUGAUAACUCUUCCGACCUUCAUAAAGAAUGGGGAAAAAGUUCCCUACGAAGUAUUAGAAUUACUCUACAAGCAUCGAAAUGUGCACGAGCAUGUUUUGCAAAAUUAUCCUAAUCUGCUACAUUCUCGUAGCUUCAGUGAACCUCUAGCACCUAAGAGCAAUGAACUUUCCCCGGAGAAGUCUGGCAAUCCCGACCAAGUAGUAUCUCCAAGCUCCCAGGAACACCGCCAGCUCGAUCUUCCGCCAGGCGACGACGUCGAGCAUAACCAUCAUCCCUUCCUGCGUCGAACGCACAGUCACAGAACAACUGGCUUGCGGACACCAACGACCGCCUAUCUGAAGGAUCUCCGAAUGCAUCGACAUUCCUUGACCUACCGAGGAGCGAUGCUGAACAUCCAGCGCUAUAGGCUACGGGCUUCAUCCUGUCCGGACAUCUACCGUAACUCGAUGACGACGAUCGCCAAAGAAAAGACCGCCUGGUAUCAGGGAAUAGAUGAGUUCAAAACACUGCUGGUCAGUAUUUUGGACCUGUCAUAUUUCCGUGAUAUCCGUUUCCUGCUGUUUGCGAUCUCGAACUUUUUGCUGUACACGUGGUACGAUGUGCCGUACGUUUACCUGACGGACAACGCCACGGAGAUGGGCUUCACGCCGUCGCAAUCGUCGAUGCUGAUUUCCAUAAUCGGUAUCGUUAACAUGGUCGGAGAGAUCGUCCUUGGCUGGAUGGGCGACCGGAAGUCCGUGAAUGCCAACUUCACGUACGCCGUUUGUAUGGGACUAUGCGGAUUGGUAACCGCACUGGUACCAUUGUUUACCGAUUACACGGCACUAUCCUGUUUGGCUGGUGCAUUUGGGUUGUUCAUCGCCGCCAAUUACUCCCUCACAAGUAUUAUCCUCGUUGAGUUGAUCACGCUGGAACGGUUCACCAAUGCGUACGGGCUGCUGCUUCUGGUGCAGGGUGUGGCCAAUCUCGUCGGACCGCCAUUGGCCGGUUGGAUCUCGGAUAUUAUGGAGAGCUACAAUCUGUCCUUCUAUUUGGCGGGUAUGUUCAUAGCGUUAUCGGGGCUGCUGCUGCUGAUUUUGCCCGCCAUCGGCAAGUACAAAAAGUACAACCAAAGACGCGUAUCGAAGGAGAAGGGUGGAGGUUUCGACGGUUAUGGAAUGAAUAAUCUGACGCUGACAACGGCUGGUACCAAAACGAACGGCGCUGCAGUGCUUCUAACGGCCGAUUGCUUCGCACAGGAAAAGCUCAUCAAGGAGGGCGCCAGCGUUUAAAGCUCCGUCGGCGUGUGGUGAAUUGACUCCACCAUCUAGCACCGUAAGACGAAUUUGGAUUCACAUGAGUGAUUAUCACGCCACUAUUAUUCUCCGACACAGCAGCAUAUAAAGCUUCACCCGUAGUUUUAGGUUCAACAGUUGAAUGUGAUCAAUCGAGUUAAACUCAGGCCAUAUGUUUUGUUUUUUCGUUUAACGGCGAGAAUGUGUUAACCACUUGAUUUUGUUUCGGUUUUACGUGACUUUUUUCGGUUUUGACAAGCUAUAAAUUCUACAUGUGCGAUUGGGCCUGACUGUUUCCCUAAAUCGUUUUAAAGCGUUUCCACUAGAAAAUCGAUCCCAUUUAUAGAAACAAAAAAUAAACUUUGGAUAGUAAAAAACAAUCUAGUAUUUAAGGCGUUUGAUCGAAUCGCGCUGAUCGUGGCACACAAUACAUCUGGAUUUAGGAUGACUACCGAUAUCUUCCCUAUUUUACGCCACCAACUGCAUCGUACAGUACCAAUCAUUCUAAAUGACAAACCAUUGAGGGCUCCAGCUUUAGAGCCAUCUUUUGCGGAAUUUGUUUCGAAACUAGAAUAAAAUUGUAGGAAAUUCCUAAGAAAAACACGUCUUUAGUUACUGUUUGGUGUUUAUGAUCUAUCUAAGCACAUCAGGCGCAUCAAAGACAUCAAAAGAAGUAAUUCAUCGCUAUUAAUCGUACAACAAAAAACCCAUAUCCAUUUUCGAUAACUGAAUUCAGCAUUUCCA